UUGGCCAAGCAGCCCCCAGCUUCCCUUCCUCUCAGGUGGGCUCACAGCCCCAAGGGUUUUCACUGGGGACCUUCUCACUUGAGGGUAUCCUGUGAAUGUCAUAGCACCCAUUUUACUCAGCCCCACAUGCAUUUUCUGAUAUGUUUGCACCCUGUGGUUACUGUUCCAACCUUCAGUGGUCAAUUGAACAUGGUGUGUGACUCGUGACCCAUGCAGCUCAUCUUGGCAUCUCUCUUUUGGAGCCCCAUCAUUUGGCUCAAAUGCAGCUUAUCUUCAGCCAAUGCAAACUUUUGAUUUUAUUUCAUGUACUGCUCUGUAAGAAUAUCAAGGACCUUCUCUUGUACAAUACCAGGGACCCAGUAAAAUGAAAAUAUCAAACAGUAAACAUGGCUGAAACACUACAUGGAAAGUGCUAGAAACUUACAGUCUGGGGCCUGCAGAAUUUAUUAAUUACAUGUACUACAGCUAAGACCAGAGUGGUGUUCUUUGUAGGCCCCAUGGACUCCUACCUUGAUUGCAAAACGUGGUGACGAGUCAGGUUGCCCAAUGUCCAUGGAAGGUUCUUUGGCAGCAGCAGAGACAGGCUGCCUGUAACAGAGGACAGCCUUCAGGGACCAGGUCAGUGCAUGUGGCUGCACAAGGAUCAGUGGCCCUGGCUCCAGACACUAGGGAAAGCAAGGCAGAAGGCAAAAAAAUCUAGAGACUGUCUGAGGAGCUCAGGAAGGAGCCAGGAGUGAGGCAAGCAGCAUUCCCUGACAUUUCUGCCUAAACAUGGGCUCUGCAGUCCAGGAGAAGACUGUCACCCACAAUGGAAUGGCCUGCUUUGGAAACAGCUGAGGACCUAGAAAACCAGCAGUUCCUCUUUCCAGCAUUGGGCAAGGACAUGAGAAAGACCUGCAGCCGCAAAAGCUGGAGAAUUGUCACAGAACAAUUCCUCUGUGACAUUGAAGCAAGAAGAAAAGGCACAGAGAGAUUUGGCUACUUUGUUUCAUGAAAAGGAAUACCUGGUUUUAACCAUCAGCCGAAAUGGCCUUGUGUGGCACAUUACACUCAGUUAGAAUAUACACCUUCAGCUAUCUCCUAACAGAAUCAAGGAAAAACUGCAUAGAAAAUCUAAUGGAUGAAGAUGAGAAAGACAGAGCCAAGAGAGCUUCUCGAAACAAGUCUGAGAAGAAGCGUCGGGACCAGUUCAAUGUUCUCAUCAAAGAGCUCAGCUCCAUGCUCCCUGGCAACACACGGAAAAUGGACAAAACCACCGUGUUGGAAAAGGUCAUCGGAUUUUUGCAGAAACACAAUGAAGUCUCUGCGCAAACGGAAAUCUGUGACAUUCAGCAAGACUGGAAGCCUUCAUUCCUCAGUAAUGAAGAAUUCACCCAGCUGAUGUUGGAGGCAUUAGAUGGCUUCAUUAUCGCAGUGACAACAGACGGCAGCAUCAUCUAUGUCUCUGACAGUAUCACGCCUCUCCUUGGGCAUUUACCGUCGGAUGUCAUGGAUCAGAAUUUGUUAAAUUUCCUCCCAGAACAAGAACAUUCAGAAGUUUAUAAAAUCCUUUCUUCCCAUAUGCUUGUGACGGAUUCCCCCUCCCCAGAAUACUUAAAAUCUGACAGCGAUUUAGAGUUUUAUUGCCACCUUCUCAGAGGCAGCUUGAACCCAAAGGAAUUUCCAACUUAUGAAUACAUAAAAUUUGUAGGAAAUUUUCGCUCUUACAACAAUGUGCCUAGCCCCUCCUGUAACGGUUUUGACAACACCCUUUCAAGACCUUGCCGGGUGCCACUAGGAAAGGAGGUUUGCUUCAUUGCCACUGUUCGUCUGGCAACACCGCAAUUCUUAAAGGAAAUGUGCAUAGUUGACGAACCUUUAGAGGAAUUCACUUCAAGGCAUAGCUUGGAAUGGAAAUUUUUAUUUCUGGAUCACAGAGCGCCUCCAAUCAUAGGAUACCUGCCUUUUGAAGUGCUGGGAACCUCGGGCUAUGACUACUACCACAUCGAUGACCUGGAGCUCCUGGCCAGGUGCCACCAGCACCUGAUGCAGUUUGGCAAAGGGAAGUCGUGUUGCUACCGGUUUCUGACCAAAGGUCAGCAGUGGAUUUGGCUGCAGACUCACUACUACAUCACCUACCAUCAGUGGAACUCCAAGCCCGAGUUCAUCGUGUGCACACACUCAGUGGUCAGUUACGCAGAUGUCCGGGUGGAAAGGAGGCAGGGGUUGGCUCUGGAAGACCCGUCGUCCGAGGCCCUCCACUCCUCAGCACUAAAGGACAAGGGCUCCAGCCUGGAACCUCGGCAGCACUUUAGCGCCCUUGAUGUGAGCGCCUCGGGCCUUAACACCAGUCAUUCGCCAUCGGCGUCCUCAAGAAGUUCCCACAAAUCCUCGCAUACAGCCAUGUCAGAACCCACCUCCACUCCAACCAAGCUGAUGGCAGAGGCCAGCACCCCGGCGUUGCCAAGACCGGCCACCCUGCCCCAAGAGUUACCUGUCCCUGGGCUCAGCCAGGCAGCCACCAUGCCGGCUCCCCUGCCUUCCCCAUCGUCCUGCGACCUCGCACAGCAGCUCCUGCCUCAGACCAUUCUGCAGAGCCCACCUGCUCCCAUGGCACAGUUUUCGGCACAGUUCAGCAUGUUCCAGACCAUCAAAGACCAGCUGGAGCAGCGGACGCGGAUCCUGCAGGCCAAUAUCCGGUGGCAGCAGGAAGAGCUCCACAAGAUCCAGGAGCAGCUCUGCCUGGUCCAGGACUCCAACGUCCAGAUGUUCCUACAGCCGCCAGCUGUAUCCCUGAGCUUCAGCGGCACCCAGCGACCGGAGGCUCAGCAGCAGCUACAGCAAAGGUCGGCGGCAGUGACUCAGCCCCAGCUCGGGGCAGGCCCCCAACUUCCAGGGCAGAUCUCCUCUGCCCAGGUCUCAAGCCAGCACCUGCUCAGAGAAUCAAGCGUGAUAUCAACCCAGGGUCCAAAGCCAAUGAGAAGCUCGCAGCUGAUGCAGAGCAGCAGCCGUUCUGGAAGCAGCCUGGUGUCCCCGUUCAGCAGCACCACAGCAGUGCUCCCAACAAGUCUGAAUCUAACCACACCUGCUUCCACCUCCCAGGAUGCCAGCCAAUGCCAGCCCAGCCCAGACUUCAGCCAUGACCGGCAGCUCAGGCUGUUGCUGAGCCAGCCCAUCCAGCCCAUGAUGCCCGGGUCCUGUGACGCAAGGCAGCCCUCGGAGGUCAGCAGGACGGGACGGCAAGUCAAGUAUGCACAGAGCCAGACCGUGUUUCAAAAUCCAGACGCACACCCCACCAACAGCAGCAGUGCCCCAAUGCCCGUCCUGCUGAUGGGGCAGGCGGUGCUCCACCCCAGCUUCCCCACCUCCCAGCCAUCGCCCCUGCAGCCCGCACAGGCCCGGCAGCAGCCACCACAGCACUACCUGCAGGUACAGGCACCAACCUCCUUGCACAGUGAGCAGCAGGACUCGCUACUUCUCUCCACCUACUCACAACAGCCAGGGACCCUGGGCUACCCCGCACCGCCCCCAGCACAGCCCCAGCCCCUGCGUCCUCCCCGAAGGGUCAGCAGUCUGUCUGAGUCGUCAGGGCUCCAGCAGCCGCCCCGAUAGUGCCCUGGCACCAAAGUCGGGACACAAUCAGCUUUAACCAAUGGAUGAGGGGGGUGGCCACAGGAGACGGGGAGAGGAGUCUGAGCUAAACCCUUGGCUUUUGUGCACACUGCAUACGUUUCAGAACUCCUGGAUGGUAACCAUCCCUGGAGUGCAGCACCUGGUGCAGUGGAAAUGAUCAGGAAUACGGACCGUGUUUCCCUUGCCUCCGAGGUUCUUGGGCACACUCUAUAGCCAUACUGGACAGGAACCAGGUGCCCCGUGUAGGCGUCAUUGCUCGGUUUACCUUCAGAGAUGGCGCAUCUCGCCGCGUCCCCCGAGAGUGUACUGGCCACUCUCGCCAACUGCAGCCCGGCCAUCUGCGCUAGCUGGCCUUCGCUCUCUUGAUCGUCAUCCCUUUGCAUUGGAGGACUGGGUCAGAGAUCUGUUGGAGAGAGAGAAUAAAGAGAUUAUUUUUCAUUAUUUUUAAAUGGUUGUUUUUGUUUUAAUUUGCACAGCUGCACAGAGGAAAUAACUUAGGCACUUUCUGUUUUUUUAAAAAAUAAUAAGGUCUCAUGGCUUCACUGAGAGACCACGGUAACAACAACAGCCCACCAAAUCAGAGAAGCUGGUUGUUAUUAACCAAGCUGCAGAUUGACACUUUCUGGCCUAAACCCUAACGGGGUGAGGCUCUUCACCCCAUGCCAUGCUGGCGGUGAUUUUUUAGCCCCUAAAUAAAACACUGGACUAUUUCCUGUUUACUGCAUUGAUUGCAACUACAAAGGUGGACUCAAAGCAAAGCACAAUCAUGCCAGCCGACAUUCCAGAGUUCUGCUGAGAGCUUCAAGCCUGUGAGGGGAGAGGUUUCACAAGCCAGACAGGCCUGGGGGACUGCAGUCCCCGGAGAGAUCCCGCCAUGUGCUGGCCCUUUGAGUGAGAAUGCUGCAUCUUUCUACAUAUCUUCAUGAGAAUACUGAGAAUUGGAUUUUCCUUUUCAAAAUGCACUUUGCUUUUUUUGUAUGUUUUGUUAUGUUGAGAUGUUUCUAAAGAAAAGAUUUUAUGUAAUUAUAAGAUGAAGCGUAGUGAAUUGUACAGCUGUUGUAAUAAUGACCUAUUUCUAUAUAAAAUAAAAUUGUAUGGCUUAUGUGUAAAUUAUUUUGUAUCUGAGAUACCAGUUCCUUUCCCAAAUAUAAAAGUAUAAAAGUU